AUCUAAACGGCCAGCUCCAGUUCCAACAGCCACACUUAAAGUUGACUCUCCCAGGCCUGUAAUUCCCCAUCAGAAGGUCAUAGCCAACACUGCUGCCAACACUGAGUAUGUGGAACGCUUCAACCCUAAUGUCCUGAAGGACUCUGCCCUGUCUACACACAAACCCAUUGAGGUGAAAGGCCCGGGUGGCAAGGCCACUAUAAUUCAUGCCCAGUAUAACACCCCGAUCAGCAUGUAUUCCCAGGAUGCUAUCAUGGAUGCCAUCGCAGGCCAGGCACAGGCCCAAGGUGGUGAACUUGCUGGUGAAUCUCCAUUGGCUAGCCUUCCUGUUAAAGAUCCCCACAUAGAUAGUGCCUCUCCAGUGUAUCAGGCUGUGCUUAAAACUCAGAACAAGUCUGAGGAUGAGCUUGACGACUGGACUCGCCGUUCUGCCAAUCUGCAGUCCAAGUCUUUCCGCAUUCUCGCCCAGAUGACAGGAACGGAGUACAUGCAAGACCCGGAUGAAGAAGCCCUGAGGAGAUCAAGUGGCAAGGAAAAUGUUGCUGCAGCAGCUGAAAACAGCCCUACAGGUUCUCAUCAUGUGGCACAGUAUGUGACCUCAAGUGUUUGGCAUCCUCCUAAGUCACGCACCAUGGAUGCCAACAUUGACAAAGCUAAGCCAGUGGCCUCCAAGGGUUCCGUGAGGUUUGGAACGGGUACAAGUCAAAGGGAAGCCAGUUACAUCAGGACUGGCCAGAAAGCCCCUCUUACUUCAUCCAGUAAUCAAAGUACCCCUGUUGAGCAUGCGCCAGUGUCUACCAGCUCUGCCUCUGCUCCUGUGCCAGUUGCUUCAGCCAAUCAGCCUGCUACUGCUACUCAAAACACAUCCAGUCAGAUGACACCACCAUCAGCCACUCCCAUCUCUGUAGUACAAGAUUCCUUCUCUUCCUCUUUCCAAAGCUUCAACCGGCAUUCUUCCACCUCCAUCAGCUACCAGUCAAAAAAGAGAGGUACGGGCCAGUCCUAUACAUCAACACCGGUUUCCCAGGGUACCGCUUCUUCCUCAGGCUACAGUGAAAGUCCAGUUCCUGCUCCAAAACCAAGAGUUGUCACUACUGCUAGCAUAAGGCCCUCUGUCUACCAGCCAGUGGAGCAAAUCGACCGCAAACCUCCAAAACCAACCAUGACCAAAUAUGUGUAA